CGCGGGCGCUGCUCCGUGGAACUACAACUCCCGGCAGCCCUCGCGCGCGGCGCGGCCGUUACGUCAUCGCAGCGCCGCGCGCGGGGAGCGGGACCAGCACCGGGAGCGGGACCGAGCCAGGCCGCCAUGACCAAGCUGGCCCAGUGGCUCUGCGGACUCGCCCUGCUGGGCUCGGCUUGGGCCGCGCUGGCUCUGGCCCCGCCGGGGCUGCAGCCGCCGGCCCCGCUCCGCCAGGCGCUGCUGCCGCUGCCCGUCUACCUGCUGGUGGCCUUCGGCUGCUACUCCCUGGCCACCGUGGGCUACCGCGUGGCCACCUUCAACGACUGCGAGGAGGCGGCGGCCGAGCUGCAGGAGCACAUCAGGGCGGCGCGGGCCGACCUGCGGCGGCGGGGGCUGCGCCUCGAAUCCCAAUAAAACCCCGGGACGGUGCUGCCCGCGCUCUUCUGUGA